AUGCUCGAUAACUUGCGUCUUGCCAGUGGAUCUUGUUCGUUUCUGCCUUCAGGGUGGGAGGUACAUGGACUGGCACAGUCUUCCUGGAUCGAAGACUAUCGGGUCCACCGCGCGAUCUGGUGUCUACAGGUAUUCUCCGACCUUUAUCGCGCAUCAUCUUCUAAACCUGUGCAAUCUAAUACCGCUCAUGGAUCAUUCUGGGGCGGCUGGAACUGGAGUCAAUUCGAAAUUGAAGAGAGUCUGCUCUAUCCCCCCCUCAGAGAUAUGCAUGAAGUUGUGGAAGAGGAGAUUCAAACAGUCGCACACGUUCUCCAGGACCGGGUAGCGUCGAAUCAGGUCUGUGUUGCCAAAGAAGAGCGUGAAAUCCCGUAUUUCCCCUCCUUGGAGAUGAAAGUGGGAUUAAACUACCCUACCUGGCCCGCACGAUCAAUGCCUGCGAAUAUGGGAGUCGACACUUGGAAGCGAGGGAAAGCGAGCACCCGUGCCCCAGGAAUCGAUAAACUCUUCCUCCGGACCCUCAAAGAGACUUUCUUUGGUUCCUAUUCCGAUGAUUUGAAUGAUACUUUGCCACAUAGGGGGUUAGGUAUUGUCCUAUGGGGUCUACGGAGAUUGGAUUCUAUUGACUUUGCAUUCCCCUGA